AACUCGGCCCGAGCUCGUGCACAGUGCUGGUGACGUCACUGAGUGGGGCCCGGCGCUGCGGCUGGUCCUUCCCGAAAGUCCAGCGGUGUCCUUGGCUCCGUUUGGAGUGCACAUGCGGCACGGCCGGACGGAGGGUGACACCCGCCGUGGCAGUCAGAGCAGCACACGGACCCGGGCGCGGAGGUACUGCUGGUAGAGCUGACGACAUAUAAGUGAUAAUCUCCCUCUCCGGAUAGCCACUGUAGACGGGGACACAGUGCGGGCUCACCCAAGUCACUGCGCUGCGCCCUGACUGGGCGUACUGCCGAGUACGCCAGUGCGGAGCACUUGAGCUGAAACGUGCGGGCGUCGAGCUGAAGUGUGCGGGUGACAGACCCCGCACAGCUCACCAGUGCUGUUUGAAGAUCGAGCAGCCUGUCCCGUCCCGUUCGACACCGUCCCGUCCGCCGAGAAGAUGACGGUGACCGAGACUCCGCCACAGGCGGAUGUCGAGGAGGGCGCCGCCGCGCUCUACGAGGGGGAUGAGAACCCCGCUCGCGGAAACUGGUCCGGUCGGCUCGACUUCAUGAUGUCCACUCUCGGGUACGCCGUCGGUCUGGGAAACGUGUGGCGCUUUCCGUACCUGUGCUACCAGAACGGCGGCGGCGCCUUCCUGGUGCCCUACUUCAUCAUCCUGCUGCUGCUCGGCAUGCCCUGCUUCCUGCUCGAGCUGGUGGUCGGCCAGUUCAGCGCCAUGUCGCCCAUCGUCGGCUACAGGAACUACGCGCCCGCACUCAAAGGGAUGGGUUUCGCCAUGGUCGUUGCGAAUGCCAUCAGCACUUGCAACUUCACGAUCGUGAUCGCCUGGUGUUUGUACUACAUGUACCUGAGCAUGACGGCCGAGCUGCCCUGGCAACACUGCAACAACGACUUCAAUACACCCGCGUGCUUCAACCGUGUGGAGUACGACCGGUGUCGUACUGAGAACGGCAACAGCAGCUGGUGGGUGUACGGCCACGGCCAGUGCAUCACCAACCGCAGCCUGGCCGACCAGUUGCUGGUCAACGAGACCAUCCGACCCGAGCAGCGCGUGUCAGCUCCUGAGGAGUACCUGGAGCGGGAGGUGCUGAAGCUGAGCAGCGGUAUCGGUCACUUGGGUGACAUCCAGCUGGGCCCGGCAAUAGCCGUCCUCUGCACGUGGCUGGUGGUCUGCGCCACCCUCAGCAAGGGCAUCAAGUCCUCGGGCAAGGUGGUGUACUUUACGGUGAUCUUCCCGUACGUGGUGCUGGUGGUGCUGUUUGCGCGCGGCAUCACCCUGCCGGGCGCCAUGGACGGCGUGCGCUACUACAUGUCACCCGACUUCAGCCGGCUGGGCGACGUGCGCACCUGGGAGCUGGCCGCCUCGCAGACGCUGUUCUCGCUGAGCGCCGGCAGCGGCGGCCUCAUCACGCUGGCCAGCUACAACAGGUUCAACAACAACGUCUUCCGAGACACGCUGGUGGUCUGUAUCGGCAACAGCAUAACCUCCGUGUUCGCCGGCUUUGCCAUCUUCUCGUCCCUGGGCUUCCUGGCGCACGAGCUGGGGGUACCCGUCUCAGAGGUGGUCACCAGUGGAUCAGGUCUGGCGUUCGUGGCCUACCCCGAGCUGGUGACCCACCUGCCCGUGUCGCCGCUCUGGGCCUGCCUCUUCUUCCUCAUGUGCUUCACCCUCGGCAUCGACUCGCACUUUGGUGGCGUGGAGAACGUCAUCAGCAGCAUCCUGGACGUGUUCCCUCGGCUGCGCGCCAGGAAAACCUGGGUGGUGGUGGCCGUCUGCGGAGUCCUCUUCUGCGGCUCGCUCGUCAACACCACACAGGGCGGCCGCCACGUGGUCGACCUGCUGGACUACUACAUCGCCGGCCGGCCGGUGCUGCUGUUCUGCUUCCUGGAGCUAAUCCUGCUCUACUACGUGUACGGCUUCGAGCGUCUGCUGGAGCACCUGGAGACGAUGACGGGGUACCGGCCCGGGCCGCGGCUGGCCGCCCACAUCUCCGUCCUGUACGGCACCGUGGCGCCGCUCCUGGUCGGGGUCAUCAUGGUGACCAGCUGGACCAGCUUCCGGCCGUACGAGUCGGGCGGCUACGUGUACCCCCUGUGGGCCAACGUGGUCGGCUGCUCGUUCCUGGCGCUCUGCAUCCUACCGCUGCCCAUCGGAGCCGUCUACAAUGUGGUGGUCGAGCAGGAAGGCUCACUUCUGAACCGGAUUCGCUCGUCGCUGACCCCGACUGAGGAGUGGUUCAGUCACUCCAAACGAAUUAUUAAUCGGCAGCGGCAAGCUAAAACCAAUGGAAGGCAAGACGGCGAUACUUCUACAGAGCACGAACACAAAUGAACACUCGAAUUCUUACAGCCACGACAGUGCUUCUUGUUUCACUUGUCUAUUUUGCUACUUUAAGUGCGCUAGGAUAGUUGAUAUUUUAUUGAUAACGUCCAGCAGGGAUGGCAAAAGUGCUUGUUAUUUUUAUGUCACUCUUUCCGAUGGUUAUAUAAGUGCGUCUUGGAAUGGUAGGUAUAGGUUUAUACCGGUGCACAAUGUUCACCGAUGAGAGAGAACUAAGGAUCAUCGACAUCCACAUACAUAUAGGUGAGAUUAUGUAACUGUGUAUGUUUUACGAGUACAAUAUUUGUGGGUAUUUGGUAAUAGUUCGGUGCUUGUGUUAUGGUCCAACGAGAACAUGGGCGGGCUGUUGGUUAUUGGAGACGCGGCGCAGUUCUGAUACAGCCGACUCGACCGAGCACACAACCUCCACUGACACUGCACUUUUAAUGUAAGAGGUUUUUCCAAUGUGCUUCAUGUGAGUGGUGCAAGGCCGUGAGUGGUGUCAUAAUUCAUUUAGAAACAGGCUUGUAAUGACUUCCAGUCGGCAUAAUUACACAAUUACAUAUACCGAAGAAAGUGUGAUUGGCAAACUUAAAGGAAACAGUCCACUUUCCUGAAAUCAGUAUUUUGCUAUUUAUUUAUGAUUUUUUAUGCUCAAAAUAAUCAUGAAAUAAAAUAAAACCUUUUUGUAAAAA